UUAAAGUGAAAGAUAAAUUAACUAGGAACACACAAGCUUCAGGCCUUCAAUUUAAAGUGCUUUUCUUAGAAUAUUAUACAUACUAGUAUUUUACAGGCUCUCCACAUCGGAAAUGAGAUAUGAAAAUCUACAGUAGAUGUGUGAAAUCUAACUAGAAGAAAUGAGAACAGCAAUGAUUACUCAUUUUGGAUGGAGCGUCUUCAUUUUAUUGUAUCAUAACAAGACACGUGUCUCCUGGGCAGCCAGGUUUUCUGUUGUUGGUCCUUCAUAUCCCAUCAUUACUUAUGUUGGUGAUGAAGUAAUGCUGCCAGCCUUCUUCUCUCCAGAACUGAAUGCUCAAGGCUUUGACAUCAAGUGGACAACGCCUAAGUCUUCAUCACCAGUGCUUUUAUACCAGAAUAACAGUACCAUAAAUCGGAUUGAAUCCUACAUGGGAAGAACUGUGUUUUCACGGGAGAAUUUGAAAUACGGCAACGUGUCUUUAAUAAUCAGGAAUGUCAGAGUUUCAGAUGGUGAUCUCUACAAAUGCCUUGUGUUUUCUAAACAGUGGGAGGAUGAGGCCCGUAUCAAUUUGAUUGUUGAAGUUUUAGGUUCUCAGCCCUCCAUUUCCAUGAUCUCCACUCAAGACCAGAAGACCACAUUAGAGUGCAGUGCUGAGAAGUGGAACCCACUACCAGAAAUCACCUGGAGGGACAUGAAUGGAGAAGACAUGACAUCACAGUCGACAGCAGCAACACAGGAAGAUGCUGAGGGUCUUCUGACAGUGAGUAGUGUCAUCCCGGUGAAGAAAGAGUUCAACGUGUUUGCCUGUCUGGUGAGAAGUAAGGCACCAAAAACAGACUGGCCAUCAAGACUCACCGUCUACAAGCUGAUAGUGUGGUGAGAAAGUAAAGGAAGGACAGGAAUUGGAGGUUUCUCCCCAGGUGUUUCUGUGUGGCUGGUGUUGUUGUGGGUCUUGUUGGCUGUUUGUGUUGCAGUGACUCCUCUGCCGGCAAUUCAAUGAAAAAAAAG